AGACCAGGGAGCGUUCAAUACAAUACCUCUUUCUACAACCUAGACAAAAUUUUGUGAUGCACUCCAUGGUCCAAAUAAAUAAAGAAACGAAUCAUCGGAUUUCAUUCAUCCCUUUGGACACGAGGUACCGCCGUAGUAGGGGCAUGAGCCAUGACUCAUGCGCUGAUGCCGACCUUUCUCCGUCCAAUCCAAAGCAUACAGUUGACGUUUAAAAACUACUACAAAUACACGGACGCUCAGUUGUACAAUAGUCGUACUUUAGUUUACGUCUCUCAAUCCUCGAUUUUUUUUAAAAGUUCUUGUGUUUCCUACAUCAAUCCUGUUAUAUCGGAAUAUGUUCGAUAAGCUUAAACAUUGGACCAUGGGGUUCUUGGAUUGCCUUCCGAACAAUGAAAUGGAAUCUUGUUCGGACUUCAAUUAUUACACGAGGGAUACAGAUCCGAGAGAGCUCCCUCGCCCCAAGAAGUAUCCUAGUUUGGAAUUUCCAUCAGCAAGUCCCUGUACUCCAUCAGAUGGCUGUUCUUGCUAUAAUUGCAGAGAGUUGAUCGAGCUAUCCGAAUGUCCUAUUUGUACCGGAGAUUAUCAGAGAGGUGUCACUGCUUGUGAGCAUUGUGGUAAUGUUACAUGUUGGGGGUGUGCCGCACGUCUUCCAGACUGUCCUUUUUGCCGCCGACCAAGAACUGCUGCAAGAAAUACUGCGCUCGAAAGGAUAUUUAGCAAAUUACAAGUCCCCUGUAAACCUUCAAGAUUACAGAAUAAAAAACUAGAUACUCACCAGGAAGAACACAUGUGCCUUGUAAAAAGAGACUGUACUUGGAGAGGCAUGUUGGCUGAUUUGGCAUCGCAUUUAGAAGGAGAUCAUUCAGUUUCUGUUCUGGUAGCCAACGGAAUAACAAUCGAGAUAGCCGGGUUUAGAAGCAAAGUGAAAAUGAGUGAGUUACGAGGACGCCAGUACACCAUUUCUCUGGCGUGCUUUGCUUCUAUAUUCGUCUGCAAUAUAUCCCUUCAUAAAAAACGUCUUCGUCUUCUUUUCACUGGAGCAUCGUCGCACAGAUCUCAGAAAUUUGGUGCAUGCCUUGAAGUCGAAAGCUCAUACAGAGUCAUGAAAGGAAUAAUGCCAGUGUCUUCCCAGUGCUACAAGCAUAAAGAACUUUACAUUUCCUGCAGCAGCCUUCUUUCCCCAUGGCGCCAGACUGAUGAUGUUGUAAAAAUAACUAUUACUAUUCGACCAAUAAGUUGAUUGCCAUUGAAAAUGUCAUCUAGUCAAAUAAUCAACAGUUACCAACUGUGUUCUCGAAUAUUUGUGAUAAAUAUGACUAAUUAAUGUUUACCUCAUUAAAACAGUGUGUUGGUAUUUUAUUAUACAAUUUUUUUUUAUAUAAUUAGUUUGAAGUAGCAAGUCAUUUAUUCCAGUUGAAUAUAUUGCUCAAAUUUGGCACUGCAUUUAAAAGAAAUGUGAAUUUUGUGAUAAAAAUGGUAAGCAUUAAUAAAUUCAAUAUAAUCUUAUUUAAACUGCCAUGAAUCUAUGAUGUAGGGACAACUAUUUAGUGAAAAACUUAUUUUCUUUGUCAUUACAAUUUAAUUUUAGUGCAUUUGUAUAAAGUUAUAUAAAUAUAAUAUAUUGGUGCUCAAAUAAUGUUAAUAAAUUGUACUAAAUAUGUUUUGUUCAUGAUUUCCAACACCUAACAUAAAAUGAGCAAUGAAAUAUUAUGUAGAAAUACUA